CUUAUUCCCUAAUAAACCCUUUUUGAUCUCUAAUUGGAACAAACCCUUCUCUCUCUCUCUCUCUUGGCGAUCACCAUCCACUUUUUUACCGGAACUACUCAAUCGAUUGCAGCUUUGACAUGGUAAUUUCUGAAACCCUUUUUCUCUGUUGUAAUAUGCAUUCCAUUCCAUGAAUAUUAAUAAGGUCGUAAUAUGCAUUUCCAUUCCAUGAAUUUCAAUAUCUAACAUUAUAGAGCACAAGUAAUUGUAUUUUAUAUUUAUUUAAUUAAGUUAUAUUAGUUCGAAUUUCCAAGGUUCUCUAUGUGGACCUAGCUAUGAUUUUAGUAUGCAUAAUAUAUAUACUCUAACCUAGUUUGUUGUCUGAUUCAUGUAUGUACCUUUGUUAUAUGAAUGUAUCUAUCUAUAAAGGCAAGGAAACGAACAAAGUCUACUCUUGAUGCGGAACCGGAUAGAAUUAGUUGGUUACCAGGUCAUGUAAUAGACCAGAUUAUGUCUUAUUUGCCGAUUAGGGACGCGGUGAGAACAAGUGUUUUGUCGAGGAAUUGGAGGAAAAAAUGGUAUACACUUCCAAAUCUUGUAUUUGAUACAAAACUUGUCCCUGUCCCUGCUGCAACAUCCGGAGACCCUUUAGCUAUUAUUGACAACAAGUUUUUGCAAAUUGUUGAUCAUGUACUUUUAGUUCAUUCUGGACCAAUCAACAUGUUCAAGUUCUCUAACGUUGAUGAUCUCAUGGGCGAGGAUAGUCUUGUGACUAACAUUGAUCGGUGGAUUCUUCAUCUAAUUGGAAGGUCUAUUAAAGAGCUUGUGUUGGAAGUUUGGAUAGAUGAUUACUACAAGUUACCUUGGUGUUUAUUCUCAUGUCAAAGUUUACAUUCUUUAAAAUUAAAUGGGUGUUUGCUUAAACCUCCAACGAUGUUUGAAGGCUUUAGAAACUUGAAAAGUCUUGAUCUAUGUCUAGUGAAUAUUGUUCAAGAUGCUUUUGAAAACUUUAUCUCUAGGUGCCCCUUGCUUGAAAAGUUGAGAUUGAGAGAAUUUUAUGGUUUAACGCAAAUUAAUAUUCAUGCACCAAAUCUCAAGUUUUUUGAAAUCGUUGGUGAAUUUGAGGUUGUUACCUUUGGCAACACUUUCCAAUUAACUACCAUAGUCAUUUAUUCAUGUUUGGAGUUGACCUCUAAUAGCAAUCAAAGUAGAUCACCUGGAUGCUCCAGCAAUUUGCUCAAAUUUUUCGAUCAUCGACCUCACAUACAAAGCCUAGAGAUCGAUGGUUUUUUUUUAAAGUAUUUGGCUGCAGGUGUUUUGCCAGUAAAGCUUCCUACACCUUGUAUUAAUCUAAGUUUUCUUUCCUUAACCAUAAACUUCGAUAACAUGGAGGAAAUUUCGGCCGCUCUUUGUGUGUUCAGAAGCUCACCUAACCUUCAAAAAUUAAAAAUAUCUGCACUACGAGCUCAUGUUGCUACUGUCCCUUUGACACCUGCCACCUAUUGUUGGGAAGAUAUCUCUUCAAGGCUGGUCAUGCCAUUCCGAGUGCGACAUGUGACGAUAGAUGGCAUCUCUGGUACCCAGUCUGAAUUAAAUUUGAUCAGAUUUCUACUUCUAUAUUCUCUGGUGCUAGAAAAGAUGAUUGUGAAGCCUGUUGCAAACGUUAUACCGGAGUUGAUGAAAGCACUAAUUCGGUUCAAAAGAGCAUCGGGAGAAGUUGAAGUUAUUUGGAAAGACCCUUCAUAAUAAUUUUUACUCUUGUGAGGGAUAAUUGAUGGCAAAUAUUCUUAGCUAGUGUUUGGUCUAGCGGCUGUGUUAACGCAGCCGUGCGUUUAGUAAAAAGCUCAAAUAUGUAGCUUCUUAAAAUAGCUGUGAAAUCGGCAUCGAAACGUGAGAUUUGUAACUUGGACAUGUAACCAAACAUGCUAUUAGUCUUUCGGACAUGGGGAAUUAUUCAAUUUACAGGCUUGAAAGUUGUGUUUUUAAAA